AUGGAUCAAGAAUACGAUUGCAUAAUUCUCGGCACUGGACUAAAAGAAUGCAUAUUGAGUGGAUUGUUGUCUCACAGUGGCAAAAAAGUUUUGCACAUGGAUCGAAACAACUACUAUGGCGGCGAAAGCACAUCUAUGCAUCCUUUAGAAAAGCUCUUCGAAAAGUUCAACCUCACAGCUCCACCUGCUGAGAAAUUCGGCGAUGGUCGUUCUUGGAAUGUGGACUUAGUUCCAAAGUUUCUGAUGGCCCACGGUGGCCUUGUCAAGUUGCUGAUACAUUCUCAGGUGACAAAGUACUUGGAGUUCAAGCAGAUCGAAGGAAGCUAUGUUUUUAAAGGUGGCAAUGUCUACAAGGUUCCUGCCGACGAGAAAGAAGCCUUGUCAUCGCCUCUGAUGGGGAUCUUCGAGAAGCGGAGAUUUCGGAAUUUCCUUCUAUUUGCUACAAAAUACAGCUUUGAUGAUCCGAAAACAUGGCAGGGAACUGAUCCAAAGACGACCACCAUGCGAGAAGUCUUUAAAAAAUUUGGGCUUGAUCAAAACACUCAAGAUUUCACAGGCCAUGCCAUCGCUCUUUUCCUUAACGAUGACUACAUAGACCAGCCCUGUGAGGAAACAAUCCGCCGUAUUCAACUGUACUACGACUCUCUGUCCAGCUAUGGAAAAAGUCCUUAUUUGUAUCCUCUCUACGGACUGGGCGAGUUACCGCAAGGUUUUGCAAGGCUCUCUGCAGUCUAUGGGGGCACUUAUAUGCUAGACAAACCCGUAGACGAGAUUGUCAUAGAGGAAGGUUCGGUCGCGGGAGUCAAGUCACAAGGUGAAAUCGCCAAAACGAAGAUUGUGAUCGCUGAUCCUUCAUACUUUCCCGAAAGAGUUAAAAAAGUCGGACAGGUUGUUCGCUGUAUCUGUCUGCUAUCCCAUCCGGUACAGAAAGCUGGUAAUUCAAAUUCUUUUCAGCUGAUCAUUCCACAAAAUCAAGUCGGUAGGAAAUCUGGUAAGUUUAAGUGUCGUAUGAUUGUCAAUCAAUUUUAUUUGAAUUGAUCUUUCUUCACCUGCAGUUCUUGACAAGAGGUAAUGUACUAGUUAAGCGAUGAUAAAGUGGAAAGUAGGGUAAAAUAAUAAUUUUUUUCAUAGGAAAAUUGUGAAAGUUCCCCUGGAUUUCCAUGAAAAAUUUCUUGUCUUGAUUAACAUUUCAAUUUAAUCGGGAUCAAAGUACUAAACAACAUAGACUUGAAUAUUUUUUCAACCAGUCAAUCUGUUGACACUGACUUCAUUGACGACAAAAUUUACUUUUAAUAUUCGCUGAUUAUAAACAUUUACUAAAAAAAAUAGAAAUUGCUCUGUUUGUACAACGAAAAAUUGAGAAAAAAUUUUGUUUUAAUCAAACAUGGUAGAUAUGAUUUUGCCCCUCUUUAAAUUUCAAAUGUGUGCAUAUGGUUUUAAUAUUAAUGAACUACAUGCACCUGCUCACAUUUAAUGGCAUACAUUUGGUGAUUUUUUGCUUUCUUGUUCUUUUGUAUUCAACAGGCCUUUUCUUAAAUAUCUUAAAGAAGCUUUUUUCACUUUAUAUUCACUUUUCAGAGAUCAUCUUUCCAAGCUCAAAAAAGCUUCUAGCCACUGAAGCUCUUACCAUGAUCCUUAAUAUUUUUUCCUGACAAAUAUAUUAUAACAAUCAGGGUUGGGCUGUUCAAACCUGGGUGAGAUAAUCCAGGGUUUAUAGCAGAGCUCCUUGCGUGCGAGCGGAGCACUAUCGCUAAGAAAAUUGGGUAAUCUAUCCAUCCGAGAAAAUUUGGUUAUGACCUCAGGGUACGACCAGUCUAAAUAAUAUUUCUUUAAACUUACAUUAACGGAGCAUGAAAUGAACUUUCUGUGCUUCCAAACUAAAGUUGUUUUUUCUUUGCAGAUAUCUAUGUGUCUUGUAUGUCUCAUACAAAUCAAGUUGCUGCAAAAGGCAAAUUCUUGGCUAUUAUCAGCACAACAGUGGAAACCUCCAAUCCUGAGGAUGAGUUAAAGGCAGGGUUGGAUCUGCUUGGUAGUUAUGAUGAGAAGUUUGUGUGGGUCAGUGACCUGUAUGAACCUGUAGAUGAUGGAAAGGAGAGUAAGGUGAGAAAUAUUCAAGUAUAAUAUCAGCUUUGACAUCAAUAUAGUCUGUAUAGCAGUCCAUCAGGACUGUUACUUAGGCAAGGGAUGGGAGCUUAAGCAACAAUGAUGACAACGGCAGUGGAAACAUCACUGAGAAAAUGAAUUUACAUUAUUUCAGUGUUUAUUGCAUCUAUUCAGACCUGCUCAUGGAUGCCUAAGAACUCUAUCCAGGUUGGAAAGAGAGAGGGAAAUUCAUUGCAGCGUGUUCCAUCCUCCAUUAAAAGGUGCAUUGGGCGAUUUCAGAAAAUAUCCAUACCAUACCACGGACGGCUUUAAGGAUUUCCGAAGGGGAGGGGGGAUUCACGAUUAUGGAAUUCUGAAGGCAUGGGGGGGUAUUUACGAUUUGAAAUCCGAAGGUAUGGGGGAAUUCCACAGGUGGGAUUUCUGGAGUAGAAAGUGUAGAGUAAGUUCCUGGAAAACGCUAUUGUUGUGGACUUUUGUAGUUAAGAAAUAAACCACGAACGUAUGACCCGCGGAAGCAGAAGACAAGCAUCGAUAGAUCAGACACGUGUUUACGCUCAUAACUUAUAGAAGUGAACAGUAAAACGUUGGUUUCACAUGUUCCUUGAUGAAUUUCUUGUCACGUGAAUAAAAACUGAAAAUGUAUCUUUUAAUACCGCUUGCAAAUUUCUUGUUACUCCCGUCCGAAACCGUCCGAUAAACAGUAAAAAACUCGCACCAGUCCCUCACUUCCAAGGAACGCCUGUCAGAUUAGAACGCUUUUAAAUGCGCACUACAUGACGUAUAAAAGGACGCAACACGACUCGACGGUAUGUUUGACCGCCAAAAGAUUUUAACAGUCUGUUUGAGCUAUUUUCCUUUAUAAACGUCAAAACAGCACAAGAAAACAAAGAGGAGUAAAAUUACCUUAAGUGGUGUUUAUUUUUAUAGCCAAAUUCGGACUUAAAAAGGAGUUUGCACGGCCUGGCAACUAAGCGUGGUUUUUCUUGUCACUGAAGAGUAAAGCUUGUCACCUGGCGCCGCUAGAUCACAGCCUUGAGGAGGCAUAAAUUCAUGUUCGUUUGUUCUUAUAGGCGUUGCUAAGUCGAAAAUGUACUUCCAAAAAAACCCGGAAAUUCUGAAGGGGAGGGGGGAUUCACGACUAUGGAAUUCUGAGGGCAUGGGGGGGUAGCGCAUUUUGGAAUUUCCGAAGGCAAGGGGGGGUUAAAACAUGGAAGCCGUCAGUGGUUGGGUAUGGAUAUUUUCUGGAAUUGCCCAUUAGGAAGUUUCACAUUGUUUCUUCACCAAGCACCUAUUAAUGUGGGAAAUCCAUUGUGACUUAUAAACAUCACUUGGUGAAGAAGCUCUAGAUCUCAGCUGUAACCAUUGAAAUAUUUUGCUGCAAGUUCAAGUUAAUUUCCCUGUGGAACUUUUACAUUAAUUCUAUCCUUAAUACCCUGUAUAACUUCAUAAGAGCCAGUUGUUUCUAAUACUAACUGCUAUUUUCUUUUUAGAUUUUCAUUUCUAAGUCGUACGAUGCCACAACCCAUUUUGAGACAUGCUGUGAAGAUAUCAUGGAUAUGUAUGAGAGGAUUGUUGGAGAAAAAUUAAACCUUGCUUCGCUAUCUCAUCAUCUUAAUUCUGCUGAAUAGAACAGGAUUGUUUUUUUGGUCUCUCUUUUUCACCACUGAGUCCCAGGGUUUAAGAUAUGGAUAGUACUAUUCACAGGAUAACACCAUUAUUGGUUUUCUUUGCAAUGAUCAGGGUUCUCCAGAAGUUCUGGUUAUCCAUCUGUUUAGUCACCCCAGAAAGGAUGGCUACUCAAAGAAAUAAUUGUUCCACCACAUUCGUUUCUUAACACUUUGUCUUCAUAAAAACAAAGAAAAUUAAUGAUAAAAGCAGGUACCAUCCUCGUGACCAAACGUUUUUUAAGGGCACCCAAAAUGCACGGAAAUGCACUUUUCAGGGCUCCCAAAGUUAAAUUUUUCUCAGAGAAAGCCUCUGGACUCUUCCAAUUGUAGCUUGGAGCCCCCAUCUUAACCUACUGCCACACAUGACUGCACUAUGUGAAAGGUGCCCUGCAUCUUUCCAUUGAUCUAAUCUAUUGUCACCUACCUAUAUCUUUUCUUCUUCUACCUAAAAUUUUGUGGAGAACCUUGCACUUGUUCAUUGGAUGUUGAUUUAAUUUAUGCAUUGGACAGUAUCUUACAUCUUUUGGAUGACUAGGGUUGGGGCUGUAGCUAGAAUGAGGCGAACAAAACAAAAUUUUUUUUCCAUGAAAAAAGAAUAACCAGCAUUGGUGUAAAUUAAUUGUGUACCAGUUAGGACAGGUAGCGAAUAAUAUGUUAAAUAACCGACUUAAGAAAGUUAUAUAGCUCCAAGAAUCUCCUGUUUUUGAGCUUGUACCGGUCUCAUUUAAUCAACAUAUUGUUUUGUCCUGGUCUCAUGUAAACAACUGCAAAAAUUACAAAUUUGUACCGGCCUGAGUUCGUCCCAGUCUCAUGUAAUUACCCUCUAAGUACUAUUAAAUGGCCUUCUCUCAGAUGCCAAAGGACAGAGUUUUUAUGCUGAUAGUGAGUUCAGAAAAACCUUGAAAAGAUGCUCCAAGAUUUUUUAGCUUCCUGUGUAUCAGUAUGUCUGUUGCAUACACCAUAUUGUGCAUUCGAGCUGGCUGUCAUAGCAUUCAUGUAGGCAUGGUUAUUUUCAAAAUUGCAGAAAUUUCUCAUGUAGUAGUAUAGUUUUCGAAAUAUUCACAGAAUCAGUUUGAUGUGCAGACUGAGAAAAAAGUGCAGAU